AUGGUCAAAGCUGUCGUCUGCGGUGCCAGCGGUGGUAUUGGACAGCCUCUGUCUCUCCUCCUCAAGCUCUCCCCCCUCGUCGACGAUCUCGCCCUCUACGACGUCGUCGGCUCCCCCGGCGUCGCCACUGAUCUCUCCCACAUCUCCACAAAGGCUACCGUCAAAGGCUACCUCCCCGCCGACGACGGCCUCAAGCUCGCCCUCACCGGCGCCGACGUCGUCGUCAUCCCCGCCGGUAUCCCCCGCAAGCCCGGCAUGACCCGUGAUGACCUCUUCAACAUCAACGCCGGCAUCGUCCGCGACCUCGUCGAGGGCGUCGCCCUCUACUGCCCCAAGGCCUUCGUCGCCGUCAUCUCCAACCCCGUCAACUCCACCGUCCCCAUCGCGGCCGAGGUCCUCAAGAAGCACGGCGUCUUCGACCCCGCCAAACUCUUUGGCGUCACCACCCUCGACACCGUCCGCUCAGAGACCUUCACCGCCUCCGUCCUCGGCAAGUCCGACCCCGCUGUCUUCAAGAUCCCCGUCGUCGGCGGCCACUCUGGCGACACCAUCGUUCCCCUCCUCUCGCUCGCCUCUCCUCCCGUCUCCAUCGACGGUGCCAAGCGUGACGAGCUCAUCAAGCGUAUCCAGUUUGGUGGUGACGAGGUCGUUCAGGCCAAGGAGGGCAAGGGAUCAGCCACUCUCUCCAUGGCCCACGCCGGCUUCCGUUUCGUCGACAGCAUCUUGAAAGCUGUCAGCGGCCAGACUGGAAUCGUCGAAAACACCUACGUCUACCUCCCCGGUGUUGCCGGCGGUGACGCCAUCAAGGCUGCCACUGGCCUUGACUUCUUUGCCGCUCCGGUCGAGCUGGGUCCCUCCGGUGCCGUCAAGGUCGAAAACAUCCUGACCAAGGCCUCUGACUACGAAAAGGGUCUGCUCCAGGUCGCCUUCAAGGGCUUGGCCACCAACAUCACCAAGGGCGUCGACUUCAUCGUCGCUCCUGCUGCGAAGUAA